UUCAGUAUUAUCGUUUCUCAUACUUUGGAUGCGCGCCUCGCGAGAUUGGCCACCAAGACGCGAGAAUACCUUCAAUGAGUUAAUAAUUACUGUUAUUAGUAGUAUAGUGAAGUGACAGUGAUUGUGUGGUGAGAAGAUACUUUCGUGAGGAAAAUGAGGACUUUAAUUAUUAAUGGAAUUCUCUGCUGCCUGGCCGUAGCCACGUUAGCCAUAGAUGAACAUCGACCGAAGAAAAAAGUGGAAGAGCGAGGGAAAAGGAAUUUAGAGUACCAGGUGUCCCAUCAUUAUUCAGCCCUGCCAUCGUAUCGCCUUGAAAGACGAAUCUCCUCGGGAGGCCAGUACCAAAAUCCACAGUACUAUCCCCGACCGUAUCACAAAGAUCCACAGAGUGAAGACCUACUAACAGAAAACAAUCAAAUUCAAGAUAACAUCGAUCGAUAUGGAUAUCAGAAACCGCAUAUCAUCGAGAGACCAGUGUACAUAAAAGAGCCUGAGCCCAUCAUCGAAAUUAUCAUCAAGGAAUCAAACGUUUCUUUACCAGCACCACCACCUCCACCUCCUCCACCAAAGAAAAAGAAGGAACAGGUUCAGGUAUUUUAUGUGAAAUACAAAAAGAACCCGCAUAGCAGUGGUAAGGACAGCAUUAUCUAUGAUAAACCGGUUCCAGCUAUUUCUCCACAUAUUCCUGAUGAAGAGCCCAUUGAAGAACCAGCAUCUUACUAUCCAGAACCAGUAACAGCACCUCCUCCGCCCAGUACUACUCUCAGGACUAUCAUUAAACCAGAUUCUGAAUAUUAUCACAGUCCUAGUGGAGUUAAAGUAACUUUUGGAAAGGAAGGAUUCGAUUAUGAUAAAAGAUCAAGCAAAAUUGAAGACUAUGCUCCAAUAAAAUCACCAGCUCCUCAAGGAAGACAAUUAACAUCAUUUUCUAACACUUACUUCAAAAGUCCAUCACCUACUAACUUCCAGUCAUUACCACCCGGUUUUAGUUCCAAUGUUAGACAACCACAACCAUAUAGAACCAUUCCUCCAACUUCAUCAAAUUACAAACCAUUUGGACGACAAACUGCACCCUCCCCAAUAACACCACCUCAAAAUUAUCCCUUCCAAAGUUCACCUUCAGCACCAUUCAGCAGCUUUUCACCAGCUUCACAACCACAAUUUGGCCAUAGUGUUUCCCAUCCACCUCCUCCUCGAUUCCAAAGUGCUUCUAAACCCAGUUUACCUCAGAUUAGGCAGCCAGUACCGUACAAACCAUUUGAUAAUUUAAGACCACAGCAGUCGUUUUCUCAAACUCCAGUACAACGCCCUCCGAUACAAUUUAGACCAGAGACACACUUCCCACCGCAACAGCAGCUUCCAUUACAAGAAGAUAAUCGAAAUUUCAAUUCUCCAAGAUAUCAAUUAAAUAGCGGUGAAGUACAAGCUCGACAGCCAAUCCCUCAGCAGUAUCAAAAAUUACCAAAUCAAGUUCAACCUAGUUUCAGACCACCUCAGCCACAACCACAAUUUUCACCUAAAUUUCAGCAACCAGAUUUUCAGCAUAAUUUUAAUAGACCACAAAUAACUAUACCACAACCACCACAACAACCCUUCCAGCACCAGAGUAUUCAACCUGCACCACCAUCAUCACAUUUUCAACAACCACAACUUAAUAUUGCACAGCAAUUCCGCCAACCACCGCAGCAAAUAAAUCCUCAACAGCACCAACAGCACACUAAUCCUCAACAGCAUACUAAUCCUCAACAGCAAAAUUUCCCAUCACAACUACUACCGCAGCAACACCAACAGCAAGGUUUUCUAUCUCAACAGCCGCUUUCACAAAACGAACAUUUGAAAAAUAUUCAAUCCGCUCAAAAUAUUUUACCUCCUGGGGGUCAACUUAUUCCUUCAGUCUCUAAAUAUGAAUCACACAUUACUUCUGUUGAACCGACUUCUGUACAAGGUUUGUCACCUCAGCAGUAUCAACAGAAGAUCAUACAACAAUUUAAUCAAAACAGCUUAUCUCAGGAACAAAAUAGUCAAGAGCUAUUAAAUCGACAACAAACGAGAAGCCAUGAAGCCAGUAAAGAAAUUUUAACUCGACAGCAAACUUCAUCACAGUAUAAUAACCAGUUUGUUCAUCAUCAGCAGAACUCAGUACCACAAUUCAAUAAUCAGGAUACAUUAGCACGUCAACAAAACCUUCUAAGACAGCAAAACGAAGACCUUUUGAAACGGCAACAGAGUAAUGUGGAACAACAAAAGAAAUUAUUGCAAGAUAUUCAGAUUGAAAGGGAAAGACAAAAUUCACUUCAACAUUACUUUUCAAAACCAAACUCAGCUGAUGUUGGACUUCAACAGAAUGCUGCUGAGAGCCAGAAAAAACUUUAUGAAGAAAUCGAACGACAACGGUAUCAGCAAGAACAGCUCAGACAGUUCUAUCAACAAAAUCCUGAUAUUAAACAGUCAGCGAUUGAUGAUGCCAGAAGUUCUCAACAGUCUACUUUUAAUCGGGAAUACCAGAAACCCACUCUAACCAACAGUGUCUCAAAGGAAAUAUAUGUAACGACAACUUCAACGACGACCACCACUACUACUGCAGCUCCCACAACAACCAAGGAUCCAAAGAUAUUGGAAGCGCAACUUCCAGAUGAAGUUCCUGAAGACUUAAGACAACAAUUGUUAUCGUCUGGUAUAUUAAAUCAUGCCGAUAUUUCUGUACUAGAUUAUGAUAAGGUGGGAGAUAUACCCAUUUCUGCUUUGCCACCAGAUCAGCUAGCAAAUUUCUACGGCGCCGGAGGUGCUGCACAAUUAGAAUCAGGCAGUGACCCAGUACCCUCGGUGGUAAGGAAAGACGGUACCGCAAUCGAGAAACGAGCAGAGUUCGACGCGCAGGAACCAGAACCAGCCGCUUCUGAAUUGGUACAAAAAGUUGUGGCGAGUCCGUUGGUCUCAGAGCCUUCUAGUGUCGAAAUGAAGGUGGUACGAUACGAUCCGGAUACCGACAAAGGACAACAGGUGCAGGAAAAGUAUGUCGAAGACGAGGCGUAUCACGUGGAUCCGGUGGUACUUAACGAUAAUAGUUAUAACAGGUAUUUGCCCUUGAAAAUCAACGGAACACAAUUCCCGAUUCCAGACGUUCCCGAACUAAAAGGAAGAAGAAUUUCUAGUGUGGUUGUACUGGCUCCAGUAAACUUCGAUUUUUCCGCUGAAAGGAAAACAAGGGAAACUACGGGAAACUUAUCGUCUGAUAUGGAUUUGAUUGAAGGAACCGCACUCAAAGAAUUAUUAGUGAAUCCUUCUUUGGAUAAUUUUAGAAAGUUUUUGGAUAACGAGAAUAAGACUACUAGUGCCAAGCAAGCGGUUAUUUUGUUGAUUGCAGACUCCCCAUCCAGGGAUAAACAGCAAGAGAUAUUCAUGUACGAUGUAGCUACUCAAACAGUCAGCAAACUGAGUGGAGAAUUGUCAUCAGCUUUUGUAGAAGCGGCAGAAGCUAAUUCCAAUGAAAGUGGGGAGACGGCAGAAGCUUCCAAUGCAGUAGAAAAAAGAUUGCCUUAUUCCGACAAUGCCGACAGAAGACAAUCAUUCGAUGAAAGAGAUUUAGAAAAUGCUGGAAGUGAAGUGUCAGAAUCUAAGGUGCCAAUAAUUGAUCCUCUACAAGAAGAGGACAUGGAAACGCAAGCAUCGCAGAAUUUGGAAACGUUCGUUGAUAUCUCUGGGCGCCCCAUUAAAGGCUUGUCAUUUUCAUCCAGUAAUACCCAUCAAGCUAACUCCAUUUCUCAAAGUUAAAUUAUAGAAAAGACUGGUCGAAAAGUAUUGUACAUAUAUAUGUUUAAAAGCAGUAUAAAGAGGCUUGUGAUAAGAAGAAAUUAGAGAUUAGUGCCAUUUUCUUUAAAAGAGUAAUAUUUUUCUUCAAAAAUACUGGUUCUGGGCUUUGUAGAUGUUGUGGAUAGUUUUAAAUUAAAACAAAUACUAAAACUUCACUUUAUGAUCUUAAUAGAAAGAAGAAAACGGUUCUAUACUUAUCAAAAAGUUGGUCAAUUCUUUUAUCGCAAGUUUCUUUAAAUGGUUUGGGCACUGCCUAUAUAUUGCGAGAUUCAAACUAUUUGAACUAAUCAAAAAUACAAAGAUUAAAAUUUACAAGCAUUUUAUUUUAUAAUUAAUAUUUUCUAUAAUAGAUUUUUUUAUUUUAUAAUGUAACACAAUAAUAUGCAGGGUUAUGUAAUGCUUACAGUAAUGCUUGUAGGUUAGGCAACAAACAUAUUUUGGGAUAUAAGGUUCUAAAUAUUUUGUAUCUUAAGAAGUAUUUUAGAAGUUCAAAUUGUAGAAUCUCCGAAAUAAAUUUUCUAUAGGAUAAAUUAUAAUUUCGAUAAUUAGCACAUCCAUAUAACUAAGGGCUUUAUUUUUUAAUACAAAAAUGAAAAUUUUAGACGCAGACUAUAAAAUGUUUGAUUUUUUUGUAUAUUUAAAUAUAUUUAGAUAUUAGAAAAGGUUUCUAGAUACUUUUAGAAACUUUCGUUUUCAAAUAUUGGUAGUACUGAACAGUAAGUAAUCAUACCAAACUAUGUCUUUUCAAUCAUUUAUUUACUAACUCCUCCCCAAAAUAGUUGGUUAGAUAUUAAUAAUUUUUUACUAACAAUUCUUCUUCCACAUUAUUUACACAUAUAAAUACAAUUUUUUCUUUCAAUAAAUAUUAUUUGAUGUUUAUAAUAAUAGACACGUUAGUUUCUGGUGUCUUUCAAUUACAAUAAGUACUUUUUCUUUAUUUUCUUCAUCCAUUUGAUAUCCACCUUUUUACUCUUGUAUUUCCUUUUUAAUUAUUUUGUUUUAUUUUUUUUCCUGCUUUCCAAUCAGAAAAAUAACUGCUUCAGCAAAAAUUUAUUGUUUUCUUAAUAUAUUCAAGUUGUUUAUAUCUGUUGUCUAUAUUUAUUACUGCUUUAUUUAUAUAUACCAAUACCAUUCAUUUAUGUCUACCAAAAAUAAACUAUUAACUUAAGAACACAAAGAUUAAUAGAAAUAAAUGUUGAUCAAUGUCCUGUUGUUCAAGGGAAAAUUUUUAAGUAUGUAUACCAAUAUUUGGUAAAAAUGUUAACAAAAAUGUGCCUCUUAGUUUUAUCGGUUGCGCUAAUGGUAGAAAAGGUAAAUGCUUGUAUUAUUAUUGUGUUAUUUGCAAUAAAAAUAUUUGAUGAGGUUUAAAUGCGUGAUCUGACAAGGUUACUUGUACAGUGUAAAAUAUACAAUUAUAUUAUUUUUAUAAUAAAAAAUAUGAAUUU